AUGGAGACAUUCAAGAAUCUUUUGUCCCCCUUUGGGGCUCCCUCUAAUCCUCUCUCCGAUACACUGAAAUUGGUAGUCGUCGGCGGUACGAUUGAGACUGCACGACGUGUCUCCGUGUCUGCGUGGAAUGGAUUCAUAGACUCAUUCUUCCUCACGGCACACUUCAGCCAAGAAGAUUACCCAUACGACUGGUUGAUGCACUGGCUGGCGAAGCAACCAGCAUGGGGUCGUAGUCGAGAGUUCGACAUCACGACACGCUCCGUCGGUCGACACGGUCUCACCCAGUCCACGACUGGCGAUCUGGAUGAGGAGGAAGGCGAUGGCGACGGGGUCAUGCUGAGUGGACGUAAGAAGCGUAGAGUGGCAAUCGUCCCCAGUCUAGACACGACACAUACCAUCUACUAUCGAGGGCACUGGCUGCGCAUUACACGGACGAAGCGCUUCCAGGAUUACGGUUCCUACGCUGAGAUUAAGAUCUGUGUCGUGGCAAGGAACAAUGAUAUUCUCAAGAAACUGGUCCUGGAAGCCAAGCGUGAGUACGAGAAGGACGCGGUACACCGCGUGCACAUCUACAUGGCAGACACGACAUACGGCGGUUGGCGUUGGAACGGUGCCCGGCAGAAGCGCCCCAUGAGCUCGAUUGUAUUGGAGCCGGGCGUCAAGGAUAUGAUACUGGCGGAUUGUCAAGACUUCCUCUGCUCCGAGGAGUGGUAUGCCGAGAGAGGUAUUCCGUUCCGUCGUGGGUAUCUUCUGCACGGUGUCCCAGGAAGGCAAGUCACCUGUAGAUCAGAAUGCAGGCGCUGGCUCAUCUCGGUUCGCAGUGGGAAAACCUCCUUGAUACACAGUCUGGCGGGUGAGCUUGGGCUAGACAUUUAUGUCAUCAGUUUGUCGGCAAAGGGGAUGAGUGACAACAUGUUGUCUACUCUGAUGGGAAAUAUACCUUCGAGAUGUAUACUGCUAUUAGAGGAUUUGGAUGCCGCGUUCACGCGAGGCGUCUCCCGUGAUGACAGUUCCACUGGGGCGCCAACUAGCUCGACUAGUACCUCUAGCUCUACGUCAACCGCAAAGACGAAGGACGACAGCAAUGACGGAUCUACUCUUACUCUCAGUGGGCUGCUAAACAGUCUUGACGGCGUCGCAGCUGCUGAGGGCCGCUUGCUCUUCGCGACUACCAAUCAUAUCGAGCGCCUUGACCCAGCACUGAGUCGCCCAGGUCGCAUGGAUGUAUGGAUAAACUUCAAGCACGCUAGCAAGUGGCAGGCAGAAGGCAUCUUCAAGUGUUUCUUCCCAGCAAAGCCCUCGCCAAACAGUAGCUUGCCUCCGGUGGCAGCAUCCCCUGCGAAACCAGGUGACGAAGCGCCAUCUACGGAGGGCCUCGCUGUGCCGAAACGCAAGAAUGCUGCUCAUGCUGCUCCCCUUCUCUCCGAGGAAGAGAUUUCCGAUCUAGCCAAACGGUUCGCAGAUGCAAUCCCCGAAGACGAGCUUAGCGUUGCCGCCCUCCAAGGCUAUCUCCUGAGAAAUAAGACGCGCCCGAGGGAAUGUGUCGACGAGGUCGCUGCUUGGAUUGUUCAGGAGCGCGAAACGCGGGCUAAGCUCAAGAAGGAGAAAGAAGAGCGCGAGGCCAAGGAGAAGAAGGAGGCACAAGAGGCCGAAGAGAAAACAAAGAAGGAAGCUGAGGAGACGGCCAAGAAGGAGGCCGACGAGAAGGCUGUCAAGGAAGUAAGUCAAAAGACGCGGGCUCAUAGUGCUAUAGCGGACACUCAUGAUAUUGUGCACUGUGCAGAAGACCGCAGAAAGCACAGAGGUACGAAUAUCCACAUGCGACUGUGCGACCAAUAUGCUCACCUGACUGACUUCGGUCACGCCGUAAGGUGUCCAAGGUGAGAGUUAGCAUUUGUGAUAAGUUGCUGCAUGAGGCCGACAAUUCACUCGAUAUGCAGGACACGGGUUCUGCGUCUGAACCUUCUGCGAGCGGUACUUCUGCCGAUGCGAUUAAAGGCACGUCCAGCGCAUAAUGUAUAGUGGUGAGACCGGGAGUGACCAACAGUUCGAAAAUGGCAGGGGCUGACAUCGACAUCGAAAGCAGUGUAAUCUCCGUCGACGAGACUGGCGCAGGUAAUGGCGUUCAGGGCCAAGAUGGGAAGGAAAAGUGGGUCGCCGUCAAAGCGGACGCUCCUGAUCCGGGGGUUUGACAAGGCUGGCGGUUCCAUCAUGUACGUCCCGUGUAAAGCAUUCUUACUCGCUGUAUACUGCCUGCGUCGAGCUGUUGUUGU